GUCCAACGUGGCCCUCAUUUGCUGAAGAAAGAGAGAGCAGCCGUCGUCUCGUUCGACUACGGCAGGGGCGCGUGCUCCGACGUGAAUCGACGCGUGCUCGCACCCGUUGUACGACCCGCUGCCGUUCGUCGUCGGCGUCGCGGAUCCGAUGCGCGCGCGGGCGAUUUUUCCUUUGCGCGGCAAAUCUCGCGCCAUUCUUCCCCCUCAAAUCCCCCUCCAAGCACCAUUGAAAUAUCCCCCAAAUCCCCUGUCAGCCAACCCUAGCUAAGUGGCGGCAGCCUCACCGUGCGGCAAGAAGAGAAGCGGGCGGCAGCGGCGGCGCAGGAGCUGCUCAAGGCGGAGGCGCUGCAGGAGCGGAGAGCCAAGGCGGCGCAAUCCCAGAAGGCAUCCUCGUCGGCGUCGGCGAUGAAAACGGCGGAGACGCGGAAGCGGAAGGCCACGGGGAGAGCUGCGGCGGCGCCGGAGAAGAUGAGUUCCGGUCGCGCCGCCCAUGUGCCGGAGCAGAACGGAGCAAGCGCACCUUCCGCAGCUACUCCUCCGAUUUCCUUCACCGACGGAAGUUGCUUCUUCAACGGUGCCGGCAGCUGCUUCGGCAGCAGCCCGAUGUCUCAACCAUGGAUGAUGCUAUUUUCGGAUCCUAUUACAUGGGACAAAAAUCCAACACCUCCUGGAGGCUUCACAAACUUUAUGCAGCUCCAUGUGUCUCGAAAUUUUCAUUUUACUGGAGGACCUUCUCACUUUGCCCCCAUUCAAGCCGCCACGGUCUAUGGAAGAUUCACCACCAGAAAAACAAAUAUCCACUCCUCCUGCAUCAAUGGAAAAUUAUGUUAAUGUUGAUAGCGGGGAUGAGUUACCUAGAACUAAGAAGCGAAUCCUUUGGACUCAAGAAGAAGAUGUCAGGAUGAUGAGCUCUUGUCUGCACAAUUCAACUGACCCAAGCAUCGGCGCUGAUAGGAAGAAUGAACAAUACUGGAAUGAUGUGGCUGAUACAUACAACGAGACUACACCAAGUCAUAGGAGAAGAAAUGCGAAGCAAGCCAAAGACCGUUUUCAUAAGGUUAAUAGAUUGACUGACCUUUUCCAUAGCGCCUGGGUGAAGGCUCGUAGGAUUUUCACAAGUGGUUAUAAUGAUCAAAUGUGGAUUGAAAAGGCUCAUGUGUUCUAUAUAGAAGACAACAAAGAUAAAGGACAGAAGCUGGGGCCUUUUGUGUUGAUGGAUGUAUGGUAUGCUGUCCGAAAUGAGGCAAAGUGGAUAACACACAAUAUAGGGCUAAAAGAAGCACGCAAAAAGAAGAGUUCAGACAAGGAGAAGGAAGGAGAGGAUGUUGACCAUAUGGAUGUUGAUGAACUUGAAGACCCUCCAAGGCCAAUGGGGCAAAAAAGAGCUAAAAAGGCAGCACUUGAAAAAAAUAGCAAGAGAAAGGAGAGUGAUACUGAGGAGCUAGAUAAAUUUGGUAAAAUCCAAUCCGAAGAACAUGCAAACCGGCUGAAAGUAUUGGAAGUUCAACAAAAGUUGUCAACCGAGAAGAUUGAACAAGCAAAGCUUGCCCAUCUUGCAGCAAAGGAGCAAAAGGAGGCAGCAGAGAAGCAAAGGGAGGCAAGAAAGUUUGAAGUUGAAGCUAAGAUGUUUGAGACCUAUAACCGCCUUCUGUCACUAGACAAAUCACUGAUGUCUGAUGAAGAAAAGGAAGAUCAUGCUAAUACUAUGAAAUAUUUGAAGAAGAAAUUAUUUCCAGAUUACAAUUGACGUUUCAUUGCAGGUGUUCUUUUCAUAUUUAUCUGCAUGUAUUCGUGUGUAAAUUGAAGUGCUGGCUGCAUUCA